AUGGUUGCCUUCGUUUUUCAGCUUAGUUUGAGCAGCAAAGUAGAUCAAGAUAAUUCCGAAAGUGAUUCGAAGAUUGCUACAAGAAAAUUAGAAGUUGUACCAUAUUCUUUUGCAACUGCUAGCAUUUCAUCUUGCCAUAAUUCGUGUGCCAAGAUUUUAUUUAAAUACGAAGUUGAUGAAACUUUGGAAAUUAAGGAAGAAAUCAUUCAAGAUAAAGAGGCAGUUACAGACCAAGAAGGAAAUAACUAUCAGUCAACAUCCUGUUCUGUGUAUAUAAGAGAAGCUGAUAUUGUUGCUAAUGAAAGUAGAAUGCCAACCCAAGAGAAGCAGAAAAUUCAAGAAUUAAGGUCGGAAAAGAAGUACAAAUGCGAAAAGUGUGCCCGAAGCUAUAGUCGGAAAAACAGUUUGUACAGUCAUCAAAGAUAUUACUGUGGCGUCAUACCACAGUUCAGAUGUAAAUUCUGCGACAGACGAUUUAAAAAACAGCAUGGCGUGAAUAGACAUAUAGGUCUGGUGCAUCAGAAGAAAAUCUCGAAGACGCCGAUACUGAUGCUGAAGUGCGACAAAUGUUGGCGAAGUUUCACUCGGUUAGAUUCUUUAAAUCGACAUGAACUUUUAGUACAUUCACCGGCCAAACCACAAUUUACUUGCCAUAAUUGUGGCUUCAAAAUGAAAUCAAAGGCUGACUUGUCCAAGCAUAUUACUAGAAAACAUCUCAAGUAA